UGGACUAGUGUGGUGUAGAGCACCAUAGAGCUAACAGGGAGGCAGAGAGAGAGGCAGGCUGAGCAUGGGCCGAGAGAACUAUACUUAGACAGCAUUAAAGGCAGAAAGUCAGUCACUGCCAAUACUGUACCACACAGCAUGAGAGAAAAGACCUACUGUUAACGGCUACAGUCGAUAUCAUGGAACUACAUCUCAUUCUGAUCCAGUACAGGGCAUUCAUUCUGAUCAAGGGAAGAGGACAAAAACUCAUCAAAAUUCAGUAAAGGGGGCUAAAAUUCACCCAUAUCUAAUGAAGAGAACAACACCUCAUUUAGAUCCAGUGAAGAGAGCUUGUUCUGGUCCGAGGAAGUCUGAAACAAAUUCCAACCCAAUGAAGAGGACUAAAACUCCUUCUGAUAGAGUGAACAGGACUCCUGGUCUAGUGAAAAGAACUACAGCUCAUUCUGAUCCACUGAAGAGGACUAAAACAUUUGGAUCCAGUUAGGGGGACUACAACACAUCGUGGUCCAGUAAAGUGGACUAACACUCGUUCUGAAUCAUUAAGAGGGCGAAAACAAAUUCUUACACAGUGAAAAGGACUUGUUCUGUUCCAGAGAAUACAUUUAAAACUCAUUCUAACCCAGUGAAGAGGACUAAAUCUUGUUCUCAUCUAAUGAACAGGAUUAAAACGACUCUUGGUCCAGUGAAAAGAACUACAAUUUAUUGUUAUCCAGUGAAGCUGGAGUACAAUUUAUCCUGAUCCAGUUAAGUGGACUAAAACUCACCCUGAUCAUGUUAAUGGGACUCGAUCCAACUAGUAUUUUUUUUACACUUGUAAAAUGUGGGAUGUGUACUAAACCUGAACCAGUAAAAAGAACAUACUUCUAAACUUGGGGUAAAGAAAAAAAGAGGGCUAGGACAGUUAGAGACUGAGAAAAAGGACCAGGUCACCAGUUCACUGUCUAGCCACGUGUAGCCACCUAGUGGACCGAUAGAAUCAGAAUCUGAUCCUGGAUCAGAUCCCCGAUUUGGAGGGGGAAAAAAGCUCUUGACCCUAACCGAAAACAUUACAAAGAUCUAGUCGCCUUGUGCCUUGAGAAAAGCCCUUUCUACUUAAUAAGACCUUCAUUGAUCUCAGGCCUGCCAUGGAAGCUGCUUCACCCACUUGUCCACGAACAGACGUCGUGACAAACAGCAGGAUGACGCACAACAUUCGUGAGAGACCGACCAUCAACCCAUACCUACUUUGAGGAACACAUCUAUUCACCCGGUCCUGCAUUUGCCCAUUUGCUCAACGAUGUCGUCCAUUUUAUUUUAGGAUAUGUACUUAAAAUUUUGACACCCCAAUCUGAUGUCGAAUUUCAUUGACACUGAGUGGGUGGUUACCGUUGGAUACAGUUGCCUGUCGACCACCAUGUCUCUGGCCGGUAGUGUGGAUGAAGUGUCUAGUGGACCACGUUGGGUUUUGCAGGUGUUCUAGCAGUGUGUCAUGUGUGUCCUGUCCUGUGUGGAGUGUUAGCACAAGUGUGUGUGUGAUGUUGGGAGGAAGGGUCCCGGCUCCUUUGGGACAGGAGUGGUGUUUCCAUUGCUCAGUUGGGGUGGACUGUUGUGACCCGGAACCUCGCUGCAUCUGGUUGGCUGCAUUGAGGAGCAUUGCCCUACAUACUAGCACAACCCCAACUCGCGCCCUUCCCCGACCUUCAACCCCUCCCCGCGUCUCUCCCCGACCCAAGCGGAGGGUACCCAGGAGAGUCCUUCCACGCCUGCACUUGUCCUGGGCUAAAGGGCGGAGAGAUGCCAUCCUGUCGUCCAAUGAGAACGCCCGGCUGCUAUCGUCGGCCGGGGUUGAAGGCGUGGCAUGGCAGGGCCCUCGUACGGUGCUCCUGCAGAAGAACUCCCAGGGCUUCGGCUUCACGCUGCGGCAUUUCAUCGUGUACCCACCAGAGUCUUCCCUCCACAACAACCACAAGGAUGAGGAGAAUGGAAACGCCAAUGGAAAAGGUUUACUACAUGUCCCAGGAGGCCAGAGGGCUCGUCUGGAACCCAUGGACACCAUCUUUGUGAAGAGCGUGAGGGAGAAAGGCCCCGCCCACCAAGCUGGCCUGUGUACAGGGGACAGGCUGGUAAAGGUGAAUGGGGAAAGUGUACUGGGGAAGACCUACUCUCAGGUCAUCGCGUUGAUCCAGAACAGUGAUUCUGUUCUGGAACUCUCCAUCAUGCCCAAAGAUGAGGAUGUGUUGCAGUUGGUAAGUGCGUAUUCUCAGGAUGUCUACCUGAGAGGCAACGAGCCAUACACCGGAGGGGCGCAUCAUCUCCCCGACCCUCCCCCCCUCUCCUACCCCCGUGCCAAGCCCGCCUCCUCGGCGCCCCCACCGCCCAACCAUCACAGCCCCCUGGACAACUGGCACUGCCGCCCCAGCCCCAUUAGCCUCGCCUCCCCCUUGGACAACCGCUCUGCCGCCGCUACCGCUACACCGACCUCCAGCUGGCACGGGGGUCCGGGAGAACCCGGCCAAGACGGAGGUGCGGGUCAUUUCGGCUCCUCUGCGGGAGGAGGGGGGGGAGAUUGGCGUCCGUCUCUGGGGCUGAACCGCGGGCGCUCUUCUUCUGUCGUCGGCGCCCUGGACUUUCAUUUCGCCAACCACAACGCUGCCAUCGCCUCGGCGACCCUGCCGCAUAUGCCCACUCGGAAGGGGAGUUUGCCGGCGACGCGCUCCAACACGGACGCCAUGUGCCAGCAGGCGCUGUCGGACUGGUACUACAGCCAGGCCGAGGCGGCCGAGCGCAUGUCCCCUCGACACCGGAGCAUGUCCCAGGACCGGUUAGCCGAGCUGGGUUUGGGCCUGGCGCUGGGUCCCGGCGGCCCUGGAGGUCACGGGUCUAACUCGGUGACGUCUUCUGUGGCCCACAGAGAGCCCGCCGUUUCCCAUGAAACUCUGCUCCUCCACCACCAGUCGGCAGCAGCCUCCCAUGAUUCCUAUUGUCUGGGGGGCUGGGGCGGGGCAUCCGGGCCAGGGAGCCGUUCGUGCUCGGAGAGCCUGCUGGCGGCAUACGCGUCAUACGAACACAGCUAUGGGCGCUCGCAGGAGACACUGGCCCAGGCCACGGCGCUCGUGACGCCUCAUUACCAGAAAGGCCCCGCCUGGCCGUCACAGGGAGCCAAGGAGCAGGACAAGGACUUGUCCAAACACCACACUGUCACAGCCACGACAGCAGCCACGCUGGCCACAGCGCCCUCUAUUGGACAGGGCCAGCAGCCUCAGGUGGCCGAGCCUCAGACCCAGGGCAGGAGGCUGGAGACGGAGGAGCUGGUGGGCUACCAGAGCUACAGCCCCUCGUUCUGCCGCAAGGCCGGCCACCUCCUCCAACAGGCCCACUCCUUCAGAGAACCCACCUAUGUCGGGCCCCACCUGAACUGGGCACCCAGCGCCAAAAGCAGCCAGUCGGACGGCGAGAUGGGCAGGACUGGAGGGGCGACGGCGGCACCCCGACACUCCUGCACCCCUCCGUCUUCAGAGGACGAGCGAGCGAGGCUGGGGGAGGAGAGGGGGGAGUCGAGGGAGUCCUUUUCCCCCCUCUCGGCUGGCCAGGAGGUGGUGCUGAGACAGAAGCCCCCCACGGGGCGCCGGACCCCAGUGUACGCCCUCCGCCACCCCCACUACACCGUCCCUGUGGAUUCAGCCGAGCCCCCCGCCGGACUGCUGCCCUCCCCCGGUGCCCCGACUGCGGGGACCCCCUCGCCCGGCUCUGGGGGUCUGCGACUUGGGGACAGUCUGCGGAGGCUCAACGGUAGCCUGCAUCCCCACCACAACACCCCUGACUCCCUGGCCUCCAUACCCUUCAUAGACGACGCCAUCAGCCCUAGUGCUGACCUGGGCGCCUGUCACGUGCCCGCCUGCUCUGUGGUGUCCUCCUCUGGUGCCCCGUGCCCUCCAGUGCCGUCCGUGUCCUGUGCCCUCCCCUCUAUUGCCACCACUGACUCCCCUGUCGUCCUCACCACCUCCCCCCUUGUCAAGCUCCGCUCCCGGGACUGCAGCAGCAUCAAAGGCCGCCGCUCUUCCUACCUGCUGGCCAUUACCACCGAGCGCUCCAAGUCAUGUGACGAGGGUCUCAACACCUUUCGGGAGGAAAGCCGUGUCUUCUCGAGACUACCGAAAAGGGUGAAGAGCUUCUUCACUGAUGGGUCUCUAGAGAGUCUGCGUGUGGCAGAGGAGGCGCGGACAAAGCGUCACUCCACCUCAGAGCUGGGAACCAUCACCUUCAGUGACGUACGCAAGGAGGGCUGGCUCCACUACAAGCAGAUUCUCACAGAGAAGGGCAAGAAGGUGGGCGGCGGCAUGCGUCCGUGGAAGCGCGUCUUCUCUGUGCUACGGUCGCACCGCCUCUUCCUCUAUAAAGACAAGCGGGAGGCGGUCCUCCAUGGGGCAGGUGCUGGCCCGGGCCAUGGGGAAGAUGAACACCCGCCUAUCAGCAUCCGAGGCUGCCUGAUUGAUAUCGCCUACAGCGAAACCAAGCGCAAGCACUCUCUGCGGCUAACCACCCAGGACUUCUGCGAGUACCUCCUGCAGGCAGAGGACAGGGACGAUAUGCUGGGCUGGAUCAGAGUCAUCCGGGAGAACAGCAAAACGGACAACGAGGAGCUGGGUUUCUCCAGACAAGCGCUCAUCAACAAGAAGCUCAAUGACUACAGGAAACAAAGUCCAACAGGGAAUAAGCCAGACGCUUCUCCCAGGGCCCAUCGCAUGAUGCCACCCUUCCUACUGGCCAAGACAGACAACACUUCCAUGAACCGCUCCUCCAGCAAAGAUGAGAGCAAGGCCACAUGGGGUAUCAACAUCAUGAAGAAGGCCAAGAAGACCGGCCCCAAGGUGUUUGGAGUACGACUAGAGGACUGUCAACCUGCCGUCAACAACAAGUUUGUCCCUCUGAUCGUGGAGUUGUGCUGUGGGCUGGUGGAGAGCUUGGGUCUGGAGUACACUGGUGUUUACAGGGUCCCGGGAAACAACGCCAUGGUAUCCAGCCUUCAGGAGCAGCUCAACAAGGGUCUGGAGAUCAACGUCACAGAGGAGAGAUGGCAGGACCUGAAUGUGAUCAGCAGUCUCCUCAAGUCUUUCUUCAGAAAGCUCCCCGAACCCCUGUUCACUGAUGACAAGUACAAUGACUUCAUUGAUGCCAACCGGCUGGAAGACUCGGGAGAUAGGAUGAAAACCAUGAAGAAACUGAUCCUUGAUCUUCCAGACCACUAUCGCCACACUCUCAAGUUCCUGGUCUGUCAUCUGAAGACUGUGGCGGAUCAUGCCGAUAAGAACAAGAUGGAGCCCAGGAACCUGGCUCUUGUGUUCGGUCCCACUCUGGUGCGAACCUCUGAGGACAACAUGACUGACAUGGUCACCCACAUGCCAGACCGUUACAAGAUCAUUGAAACGCUCAUCCUGCAUCACGACUGGUUCUUCAGCGAUGGAGAGCUGAGUGAGGAUGAGAAGGCCCCAGUAGACAUUAAGAGGGACACCCAACCGGUCCCCAACAUCGACCAUCUGCUCUCCAAUAUCGGGAGAACAGGGCUGCCUGGAGGUGAGGCUUCAGAUUCCACCACCAGCGAUUCAGCUAAGGAUAAGGCCACGUUGGGUUCCAAGAAGGAUGUCUGCGCUAGGGAUUUCCUCUCCCGGUCAAUCAUCUCCGCUGUCACCCGAAAACGCAAGAAACGCCCCAUCUCCCGCCCGCUGAGCAGCAGCACAGACGAGGACUCUGAGCACGAGCCAGUCAAAGCAAGUAACUACAGGGGAGGAGCCACUGAACAAGAGGAGGGGGUCGGAACUGUAGUAACUGAACAUGCUGAGAAAAAGGGAAAAGAGGAAGAUAGGAAGAGAAUAGAAGCAAAGCAGCAGGCUGCCAAAGGAGGAGUGGAAGAGGCGAGAGAGGCGGGGGUGAAGAAUGGAGGGAGUGCAUGGACAAAAACUAAAGAAGGGGCAGCAUCCCCCCAGGCUCGUCCCACCAGCUUCCUCUACACACACUACCAUUCCCCAACCACCACCAGCCCAAGCCACCCAGUAGAAGCCUCUGUCUCCCCGCAUUCAAAGCUCCCUGGCCUGCCCCGAGGUCGCUCCAUCGGCCCCACCUGGCUUUCCCCCUCCAGAGUGCCGGGGCCUAUCCAACCUUCCAACACCAAAAAAACCGAACAGCAGCCACUGCCAGUGCGCUAUAGGAAAACAAGGUCAGGAAGGGCAAGGGCUCAGUCGAUGAAUCUGGAUCUGAUUAAGGCAGAAGGUGAAGGGGGGAUCGGGAGACGGGACGAUGGAGCAGAGGCGAUAAGAGCAACAACACGAGUGCACCGCCAUCGCAGCAGUUCAGUGGGAGUUCCUCAGGGGUGUGUUGCUGCCCCCUUCAAAGUUCAAGGAAGUACACGGUCAGUGGCUGCGCUAGCCCCAGCUUCUGUACUCUCCCCCCCUCUACCCUCACCCCCUCCCCCUGGACGGACAGAUCAGCGCUCCUUCAGUUCUACAGUUGUCAUGCGGAGGUCAGCCUUGGAGCCCCGGGACAAGCGGAGAGCCUGGCGUCGCCACACUGUGGUGGUCUAACCUUGCCAAGGGAACCUUGCAGGGUAAAGUUAAGGAUUCUUUGUAGAUACCCAUUAGAAAGUACUGCCCUUGACACUCACACUUAAUGCCAAACACAAGGAUGUUCUAGGGUCAUUGUCUACGGCUAGGAUUUAAUCCAGUUCUAGGAUUUAAUCCAGUUCUAGGCAGAGGCUUUUGAAGUCACUUUCCGACUGAGCCGCCCUAUAGAGCAUUUACCAUGAAUGGGCUCUUGAUGAAAACAGGAACAUUGCCUUUCAAGCCAGGAUCGAAUUGAAUCCCUGCCUGAACAUCCACUGUCCACUUAAAGCUCUCAACAGCAUCAACCUUUCUCAAUAUUGUACAAAACUGUAUUGGUUUGUUUUUCGCUUUCCAGUAUUCCAGUUCAGGUCGGCAUGAUGGACAGAAAAUGGAUAUUCAAGGACCAGCCUAUGCAGUGUUUUAGCAUCUUCUCCCUAGACCAGAUUAGUUCUGACCACUUUUGUCCCCUUUACUAUGACCUUUAUUAAGCUUUUCCAAAAUCCCCCUGUGGAUCAACAGGGAACUACACAGAUCCUUCAGGGCGAAAUACUGUAUAUGCACUCCUAGAACUCUAAACCUAUAUGGGCCACGAUGCCAAAGCUUCUUUGGACAACUGAAUAUGAUACCGCAUGUUCCAGUGGAUCUUACAUAUCAAAUGUGUAUGCAAAGCCUGGGUGUUUUAACACAAGCCUAUUAUAUCUGCCUGUGCAUGUGGAGGCCCCUGACCUCUGGUGACGUCCCACCGUGCCACUCUCUGUUCAGUCCUCCAUUGCAAGAACAAGGCGUCUAUGGCAGCUAUUUACAGUAAUGCCAAACUUGUUGACAACUUUGGGGCCAUUGAAUCAUAUCAAGAUAGAAAUAUCUGGAAACUGGGAAGCCAAAGCAGGACAGUCAGAAUCAAGAGGUGCGUCUAUGCUGGUAUUGGCAUUACAGAAACAGUAUUUCUCAUUUUAUGAAGUGGUGGUUUGGAGAUACCUUGGUCUUCCUCUGAAAAAUGAUUCAAAAAAAGAAAAAAAAACCUGAGUCUUACCUAUGUGUUUUAAGGUUUUCUUUUUGAAUUUUUUAAAUAUUUUUCCUGUUUCUUCCUUGUACCGAUUUACUAUAAACCGAAGUAAUAAGCUGGGUCUGAAAAACAACAUGAAGCUGAAGAUGAACCAAACCGUACUGCCAACCGUAAUGUCCUCCUAGCUUCCUGCUUCAUGGUCUCUUCCAUAGCUAUACAGUGCCCUUCGUAAGUAUUGAGACAGUAAAGUCAAAAUUGCUAUUUUUUCUGUACACUCAAGGCCUAUGAAUAUACAAUUUAAAGAGGAAUGUAAGGCAAAAGUACAGAAUGUCACCUUUUAUUUCUGUCCGUUUCAACAAUGUACACAAAAAUGCCACGAGAUUAAUUGGGCGGUGCUUCACGAAGCAACAAGACAAAGACCCAAAACGAAUUGCCAACGCAACCAAGGAGUUAAUCUGGGAAAAAGUCGAACGUUUUAGACUAGCCAAGUCAAUCUCCUGAUUUAAGUUGAACAUGCAUUCACUUGCUGAAGAGACAGAAGAAACUCCUCAAAACGGGCAAUAGCUCAAAAUGGCAGCAGUAAUGGCUUUCAAAGUUUGGUGGUGUCAGUGGGUCGCUGACUCACUGCUGUUAUUGCAUGCAAGGGAUUUACAACAAAAUUCCAGCUUUUAUACUACUUUCAUUUGCUUUAAGUUGAAUUGUCCCAAUAUUUAGGCUUGCAUGAAAUGGGGGGAUUGAACUCUGAAAGUGCUGUUAUUCUUUGUUGGUGGGUUUAAAAUGACUUUCUUUACUCUUGCCUCAUAUUGGUCUUUUAAAUUUAUUUUCAUAGGCCUUGAGUGUACAGCAAAAAUAGCAGUUCUGACUUUACUCUUCCAAUACGUAUGGAGGUCUCCGUAUAUGACACCAUCUGCCCUGUGUGUGUCUGCCCCGUGCAUGUAUGUACGUGCGUGAUUGUGCGUGGACCAAUUUUGUAACAGUUGUACAAAGCCUUGUUAAGUUAACCCUUGUAUAUAUUAUACAUAAUAUAUUAAAUUAUUUGUUUUGAAAUCA